CGAGGUGAAAGCAUGCGGAAUCGUGGUCGUUACUCGUACGCAUCCAGCGUCUCGCCUGCCAACGUCAGUAGUCCUCGUCGUGUGCGGAGGAGAAAGGAUCCGACACCAUUCAAUGUACUUGUCAUUGGCGCCAAAAACAGCGGCAAGAGCUCUUUCAUUUCCUUCCUUCGUCACACACUAGCACUUCCUGCGCACAAGCAACAGACGGCAGACGCUCCAGAGCCUCAGACGGCCACCUCCACCUCUUUCACUUCACAUUACCUCGAGACAGAAACAGAUGGCGAACGUGUCGGACUCACAAUUUGGGAUUCUGUCGGAUUGGAGAAGAAUAUCGUUGAUCUGCAAUUGCGUGAGAUGACAGCCUUCGUGGAGGCCAAAUUUGAGGAUACUUUUGUCGAGGAGCAGAAAGUGAUGCGAAGCCCGGGUGUUCGCGAUACCCACAUCCACUGUGUUUUCUUGAUCUUGGAUCCUGUUCGUUUGGACACGACUAUCACCGCAUCUUUGGCUGGUGGCAGUGGGGGAAAGAGUGCUAACGGCAGCUUGGACAACGACCUCGACCUACAAGUGAUGCGUUCGCUUUGGGGCAAGACCACUGUCAUACCGGUCAUCGCUAAAGCUGACACACUCACCACCGGUCACAUGGCUUAUCUCAAGCGUGCGGUCUGGCAGAGCUUGAAGAAGAGCAAGCUCGACCCACUUGAGGCUCUCGAGCUGGAAGGUGACGAGGAAGAUGAUUCAGAGGAGGACAUGGACAGCGAUGUUGAAGGCGAGGCCGCCGAUAUCGUACCAUCUCUUACCGCGCCAGUCUCGUCAACCAAGAAAUCGCACAAGCGCCAAUCUUCGCUCUCCGCACUGACUCUGGACGAUGACAUUCCUUAUCUUCCCAUGUCCAUUCUCUCCCCGGACGCAUAUGACCUUCCUCCCUAUGCCCGCGCCAACCCAACGCAGCCUCCAGGUCGCCGCUUCCCAUGGGGUUUCGCUGAUCCUAACAACUCCGAUCACUGCGAUUUCGGUCGCCUGCGCGAUUCAAUCUUUUCGGAAUGGCGCUCCGAUCUCCGCGAACUUUCCCGCGCCAAGUGGUAUGAGAACUGGCGUACCAGUCGUCUG